AUGAACCUUGAACGUCAUCUGGAAGAUUUGCCGUGGUUGGGUUGGGGGGCAAACUGCAACGUCUAUGAAGUUACCCCUCUCAUCGUUGUAAAGGUACCCAAGCAAGGGAGUGACGAGAGAAAACAAUUCCGUAGAGAGGUGGAGAUCUUCCGCAUCCUCUCGCGCCACCCGCCAUGUCCUCAAUUAAUAUCUUGCUUCUUGCACACUAAUGAUGGCAUCUUUCUUGAGUAUAUGAGAGACAUCUGCCUCUCCUGGCGCAUUCAGCAAAAUCAUAGCCGAAACCGCGAAACAAUGCAGGUUACUAAGGUCGAAAAGUUGGAACCACUCUCAUUACGCAUGACAUGGAUGAACGAUCUCUCACACGGAGUUGCUUUUCUCGAGUCCCUCGGAUUUGCGCAUGGUGAUCUCCGACCUGAGAAUAUUCUGCUCGAUCGUGGCCGCCUAAAGCUUGCAGACUUUGACUGUACGGCCAAGCUCGGGUCAGAAUUUGAAGCGUGCAUUUCUCCAUACGGAAGAAUACUUGGGAGCGAAGGCGGCGUCGACAAAGGCACUGCUGGCAAUCUCGGUCCUCGAACAGAACAAUUUGCACUUGGCUCGUUGUACUAUCUAAUCAAUUAUGGGUUUGAAGUCUACGGUGACCGUUGCUUAGGCGACGAUCCAUCUGGGAAGGAGCAUGGACCUACCGUUGUGGACCUGUUACAGAAGAAGAUUUUCCCAGAGCUCCACGGAGACCCGAUGAUCGACUCUAUCAUCGAGAAGUGCUGGCACGGUGAAUAUAAAACAAUCGGAGAAUAG